GAACGCAGUUCAAUGUUAUCCAAUCUCACGAGGGUCUGUGUUGUGUGAACGAGAAGCGGGAGCCCGAGGGCCGCUGAGCGGGGCAUGAGUUCGGCGUUAUUUGUACGACUGCCUGCCGGUGCCACUCCAGCUGGGAGCGCCCCCACUCUGCCCGGCACCCAGCAGAGUCAGCUCCCAGGAUUGCUUUUCUCCUGCUACCAUGGCAGGUCUGGUGAUAGAAGCGGAGCCAGACUUGAGGAAGCAGGGGAAAGGGCUUCCUCUCUGGCACCUGCAGACUUCUGAGAGCUUCCCAGCAGUGGAUUGCAGCUGAGCUGUCUCUGAUCUUUCCCUGCUCGGAGCUCUCCCAGCCUGAGAACCAGAGGCCCUGGGUCCCAACGAUUCACUAACUUGCCUGCAGCCUUUGGCAGGAAUUCCAGCAGGAAGAUCGUGACCUCCAACAAGUUUUACCGGAAGACCCAGGUGGAUCUGGACCUCUGCUAGGUCCUGCCCUGGCUCAUCAAAGUGUCCAGCUGGAUGACCAAGCAGCCCAGAGUGUGGGGCAGGGGGCUGGCGAUGGUCAGAUCACACGAGAAGAGCUGGAGUAAUGCGCAGCUGUUCGGAUGCCCUGUGCCUUAUUGAACACUCCCUCGUGGAUGGUCACUACAGAAUCCCGCUAACAAAGAUGAAGACCAUGCGAGAAACCCUCAGGGAAAAAAACUUGCUGACAAACUUCCUGUUGAAGAACAAUGGCAACUGGUCCCAGAAUGUUGGCAACAGGUCCCAGAAUCUCGCCUAUUACCCGAAAAUGACUCUUCAUCCCCUGAGGAACUACCUGGAUCUAGCCUAUGUCGGCAACAUCACCAUUGGAACGCCCCCUCAGCAGUUCAGGGUCGUCUUUGACACUGGCUCAGGUGACCUGUGGGUGCCCUCCAUCUACUGCUACAGUCGCCCCUGCCGUACACACAAGCUCUUCAACCCUCACACGUCCACCACCUUCCGGCUCUGGGGCCGGUCCUUCGACCUCACCUAUGGCUCCGGGAGGAUCAUUGGAUUUCUUGGCUACGACACUGUUCGGAUCGGGAAACUUAUUGACAUGGGCCAGCCAUUUGGCCUGAGCAAGUUACAGUUUGGGAUGGAAGAUGCACCCUUUGAUGGCAUCCUGGGCUUGAGCUACCCCAGCCUCGCCAUCCAAGGGACCACCCCCAUCUUCGACACCCUGAAGAAACGAAGCCUCAUUCCUCAGUCUGUCUUUGCCUUCUACUUGAGCAGCCAGAAGGAGAAUGGCAGCAUUGUGAUGUUAGGCGGGGUGGACAACAGCUACCACAAAGGAAAGCUCCAGUGGAUACCAGUGUCCCGACCUCACUACUGGCAGAUAACCAUGAACCGGUAAGCCCCUCCCUCUGAGGGCCCCCCCCAAGUGAUGCUCCCACACGUGCACACGGACACAUGCAGACACACAAAGAAACGCACAGACGCACAGUCACACACACAGACAUACGCUCCACCCCCAAAGACACACGUGUAAGCACA